AAAAAUUAUAUUUAUACAGUUUUCGUAAUCGAAAGGUUUAUAAAAGUAUCUAUUAGAUUCAUUCGAUACAUAAAGUCAUUCGCGAUUACAACCUACCUACUCGGUGUUUACGGUUUUAUUUUGAAUUUGACGGUUCGAUUAAUUUAAUUGAAAUGAUGCGUUUCGUUGAAUUUAAACUUAAUUUUAUAACAUUUUAUUUGAUGGUUUUUCACUUAUCGUAUGGCGAUUCGAAUGGCAGAUUUAUUCGGAAAGGCAGUGUUUCCGGUUUCCCUGAUCAAGAAAGUCAAAUCCCAUUCUACCGAGAUGCUGAAAAUUACGGUCAGCCCUCCGAAUUCCAAAUCAUUAAGCAUUUGGUGCCAGUUGGAUAUUCCAGUCAUAUUGUCUCUCCGAGGGAAGCAGUUUUGCCCGUCAAUGAAGUUGUUAUUGAUCCGAACGUGGCUCAACAUCCAAUAACAAUCUUACCUUAUCCAAAUCAUGCAGCUAUACGUCCACCUGUAAAUGAUCAAAGGUACUAUAAUGCAGAUGUAUUGUUGAAGGCGUUGGAAAGUGCUGUUAAAGAUUCGACAAACUCAACAGAUACCAAUACUACAACCAGUUUCCAAGAUAAAGUACAGUUGAUUGCACGUCUAAUGGUAAUGGUACCAACGUUUGCCGAUGAAAUAUUCAAAUGUCUAUCUCGAAGUGAAACAUUGAGUAAAUUCAUCCAAAUGACCCACAACGGCGAUACUUAGUAGUGGUGAGAACAAUAAUUGAUUUUACAUAGAUAGACAAUUUAUUCGUUAAAAAUUUUUCAAUGGGCUUAUUAAUUAAGUUUUUUAUUUUUAUUUUUUGAGUUUAUUGAUAUGUACGUUUGAAAAAAUUCUAAAUAGGUGAGUGCUUACCUACCUAAUACGUAUAAUGGAUCAUUAUUACCUAUUUUUCUUGUCAAUUAGUUUCGAAAAAAUUCAACUUUGAGUCAAUUAAGGGAUUGAAGCUCUUAGAAAAUCAAAAGAACAUUCCGAAGCUAAAUACUUACCUACAACAAAAUUUAGUACCUACUCAGCUACUUGAAUUUGAUGAUCUUUUCUUUUAUUAUUUUGAAAUUUCCUAUAGUAGAUACCUAUUUAAAGGAGGCAAAAUUAUUUCAAAUUCAGUAUUGAUUUGGUAUGAUGCAUAAAUUUAUAAUAUAAAUCGAUAAUUAUUUACCUUCCAAGGUAAUAAGAAUGAAUAAUGCAGAAGGGUAUACGUUUAAAAAUCAUUUUGAAUGAGUACUCGCGUUCUAGAUUUGUAAUGGCGGAUUUUUAAUAAUUAAUUGGAUUUAGUAUUUUAAAAACUAUUAAACGAUUAAAAAGUGUCAUCUUAAAAACUCCAUUUAAUGUUCUUCAAUUUAUAUUUAUUCAGCUUUUAUCAAGGAAGGAAAUGGAAUUUACACCACUUUAAUUUAGCCAUUUGGUUUUUAUUGCUGUAUGCAAAUUACUCAAUAGUUUAGGUAAUAAUUUUUACCAUCUUGCCAUUGCUUGUACAUAUAUCGUAAUAAACAUGAAAUAUUGAAUUUAA